AUGACACUAGAUCUGUGCAGACUCACAGCCACUGAAGUCGUCAAAUUGACUAAAUCAGGGGAGCUCAAGGUGGAAGACUAUGCCAAAGUAUUGAUAGCCCGAGUGGAGGAGCGAGAUCCAGUCGUGCACGCAUGGGCAUAUUUCAAUCCGUCGAUCAUUCUCGAGUCGGCCCGUAGACUAGAUGCCAUCCCAGCUGAGAAGCGAGGACCUCUCCACGGAGUUGCAGUUGGUAUCAAAGAUGUGAUUUACACCAAAGAUAUGCCUACUCAACAGUACUCGCCCAUAUACAAGGAUGAUCAUCCCGAAUUAGACGCUUCAGUCGUGUUAUCGUUGAGGGCGAUGGGCGCUCUAAUCUUCGGUAAAACACAUACAACGGAAUUUGCUACCUGUCAAAAAGGUCCGCCCACUUGCAAUCCUCAUGAUCCGACUAGAACAGCAGGUGGGAGUUCCUCAGGUUCAGGUGCUGCUGUCGGCGACUUCCAGGUACCCCUCGCUUUGGGUACUCAGACUGGUGGAAGUACUAUCAGACCUGCUUCAUACAAUGGGGUAUACGCCUUAAAACCCACUUGGAAUGCUAUUUCUAGAGAAGGCUUGAAGAUGUACUCCAUCACCUGCGAUACUGUGGGGCUUUAUUCCAGAAGCAUCGAGGACUUAGAAAUGCUAUGUGAAAUUUUCAACCUGCAAGAUGAUGUCGCUCCACCUACAGCGCCUCUCAGUCUUUCUGGGGCCAAAUUUGGAUUCGUCAAAACUCAUGUGUGGCCUAAAGCCGAGCCGGCAUUGAUUACAUUAUGGGAGGAAGCUAAGAAUUAUUUGAUCGAGGCGGGUGCCGAAGUGGAGGAGGUCAAAUUACCAGAAAUAUUUGAUAAUUUAGGAACAUGGCAUAGAAACAUAUUGCAUAUGGAGGGGUAUUCAUCUUUCUUGGGUGAUUAUCUACAGUCACCGGAACUAUUGGACCCCUGGGUUACUAAACACGCCGUGAAUGAAGGUAAAACAAGCAGGAAGGAACAAUUGCAAGCUUACGACGAAAUUGCUAAGCUACGCCCCGUUAUCGACGAGAUCGCUUCAAAGUAUACUUGCUUGGUUACUCCCAGUGUCACUGGCGAAGCGCCUGUGCUCGAAGAACCCCUCAGAUUCACUGGAGAUGCCUCUUUCAACCUCAUGUGGACUGUCUUACAUCUUCCGGUCAUCAACAUACCUGGUUUCAAGGGUCCAAAUGGGAUGCCGAUUGGUUUGUCCCUUGUAGCUCCUAGAUAUCACGAGCAGGAUUUACUCAGGACUUCACAUGCGAUUAAGGAUGUUUUCGCUAAAGGUGGUUGGAAGUUGUAG